CUCUCUCUCGCUCCCUUCAUCAUGUCCUCCGGUAACAGACGGGUCUUCUUCUCGGUCUCCGGUGUCCUCGGUCUGUGCUGCGCGCUCACGGCGGCUGUGGUGACGGGUCUUCCUCUGUGGAUCCGCGGGACCGCGCUGUGCCGGACCGGGGCCGAGCUGGUGAACGCGACCGGACCCGAACUGGACAAGUUCCUGGGAGAGCUGAGCUACGGACUGUUCACCGGACAGAGGCUGAAGCAGUGCGGCCUGGGGGGCCGAGCGUCCCGGUUCUACUUCUUUCCAGACCUGCAGAGCGUCAUCCCCACAGCCCUCCAUGUCACUAUCAUCUUCUUCUGCGGUGUCGUCAUCCUCUUCUCCUCCGUGGCCACCGGCUUCUUCUUUGUCAACGCCUUCGGUCGACCCUACGAGAUGCUGCAAGGCCCCAUGGGACUUUACCUGUGGACCUUCAUCUGCUGUGUGAGCAGCUGCCUGGUGAUGAUCCUGUUUGCGUCGGAGGUAAAGCUUCACCAUCUCUCUGAGCGUAUCGCCAACUUCAACGAGGUCAACUUCGUCUUCCAGACAUACAGCGAGCGCUAUGACCGGUGCUUCUGGCUCUUCUUCCUCGUCUUCCUCCUCCACGGAAUCAACCUCCUGCUCAUCCGACUGGCGGGGAUCCAGUUUCCCUUCCAGGAAACCAAAGAGUCGGUCGGGAGUGGGGGGGCAGAUCUCAUGUAUUGAUAGAACCUUUAGAAAACCAGGAACUGAUAAAGAGUCUGUCAGUCCACAUGAAGA